AUGAAGUUCUCACAAGUUCUCGCUCUUUUCGCCGUCCUUGCUGUCUCUGUCAGCGCCUGCAAUGAUAAGACCAAGCACAGCGGCAACCAGAUCCAGCAAGCCAACAACAACGGUGCACGAGUGAACGAUGCCAGUGGCAACACCAUUGGUCUCAACAACCUUGCCCAGGAAGGAGUCCAAGUCGGCACUUCCGACGAGUCGAAUGUCCAAAUCUCCCAGUCGCAAGGCGCGUAG